GAAUCGAAUAUCGCGCCCGUGGUCCUCCUCCUUUCGGCCCUACCGGCCAACUAACAACCGGUUUUAACAACACUGCUAGGAAGGUCGAAGGUAGGACGGGACAGUGGGCGUUGUUGGGGAUCGUUUUAUGAACGUUUUGGUUUUGUAGAGAGGUACUCGCCUCGAAGAGCCAUCUCGGGGGAGUAACUGGAGCUGUUUUUAGCCGUCCUCGCCACAUUGUUGUUCGUUGCCGUUCACUGAGCCUAGCUGCCAUGGCUUUGGUAGGACUGAGAGCCUCGUACCACAGGGUGCUCGGCAGGAUCGAGCAUAUGCUGCCGGCCAAACUGAGACCUAUUUACAACCACCCAGCAGGUCCCAAGACUGUUUUCUUCUGGGCACCAAUGUUUAAAUGGGGUCUAGUGCUGGCUGGCCUAGCAGACCUGACCAGACCGGCAGAGAAACUUAGCACGUCCCAGUCUGCAGUACUGACUGCCACAGGUCUUAUUUGGUCCAGGUAUUCUCUGGUUAUCAUACCUAAAAACUGGAACCUCUUUGCUGUCAACUUCUUCGUUGGAGGUGCAGGUGGUUCUCAGCUUUACCGAAUAUGGAAGCACAACCAAGAACAGAAAGCAAAGGAGAAGGCUGCAGAGGCUUGAUACCAUUAACACAUCACUACCAUCCACUGGACUGAGAGGGAGUCCCCAACAAGCUUAAUGCCCAGAAAAAUACCCCUCCUUACUAUUUUAGAAUUCAGUCCACUCCACUGUUUCAUUUUAUGCUCUCAUCAAGAUAAUUGUCAUCUACGCACAACAUUUUACAUACACUGUUAAUAUGAUUGUGUAAUUUUCUGUAACAUAUUCUGUAAAGAGCUUUUCCUGGUGCUGAUUUACCAACAGACUACUCACUAUAGACUCCUCAGCUGAUGUAAUAUUGUUCAAGGAAUCUUUCCAAAUAAAUGUAUUUCUUAGGAAAUA